AUGCCCGUCGCCUCCAGCUACCCCUUGGCGGACAUCCCACCAGUGGACCUCUGGACAUUCCUGUUUGAGCGCAAGGAUAGGCCUUUUCCAGAUGACAAGAUCCUCUACCAAGAUGCCGAUACCCAACGCCACUACACAUACAAGACCCUCAAGGAUGCCUCACUAGAGUUCGGAAAGGGCUUGCGAGCCGUUUGGGACUGGCAGAAGGGAGAUGUAUUGGCCCUCUUCACUCCGAACAGCAUCGACACGCCUGUGAUGAUGUGGGGUACUCUCUGGGCGGGCGGAGUUGUGUCUCCCGCGAACCCAGGUUACACGGUUGAGGAGUUGGCCUUCCAGCUCAAGAACUCUGGCGCCAAGGCAAUUGCGACUCAGAUCUCGGCGUUGUCGGUUGCAAGAGAAGCUGCCAAGAGGGUCGGCAUCCCCGAGGACCGUAUUAUCUUGGUUGGGGACCAACGGGAUCCCGAGGCACGCUUCAAGCAUUUUGGAUCCAUCCGCAAUAUCUCCCGCGCUACGCGCUUCCGCAAGCAGAAGGUCACUCCCGAGAAGGAUGUGGCAUUCUUGGUUUAUUCGUCUGGAACGACAGGUGUGCCGAAGGGCGUUAUGCUCUCGCACCGGAAUAUCGUGGCCAACAUCAUGCAGCAGGUAACUGGUGAAGGCGGCAUGUUGACCUGGAACGGUGGGCCUGAUGGGAAGGGUGACCGCGUUCUGGCAUUCUUGCCCUUUUAUCACAUCUAUGGAUUGACCUGUUUGAUUACCCAGGCUCUAUACAAGGGCUAUCACUUGAUUGUCAUGUCCAAGUUCGACAUCGAAAAGUGGUGUCAGCACGUGCAGAAUUACCGCUGCACAUUCAGUUACAUCGUCCCUCCCGUGGUGCUGCUGUUGGGCAAACACCCCGUGGUUGACAAGUAUGACCUGUCAAGUCUACGCAUGAUGAACUCCGGCGCCGCGCCACUCACACAAGAGCUGGUCGAGUCAGUCUACGCACGCAUCAAGGUCGGCAUCAAGCAGGGUUACGGACUCAGCGAGACCAGCCCCACCACCCACACCCAGCGUUGGGAGGAGUGGCGCGAGUCCGUUGGCUCUGUCGGUCGCUUGAUGCCUAAUAUGGAAGCCAAGUAUAUGACCAUGCCGGAGGAUGGAUCCGCACCUAAGGAAGUUGCUGUCGGCGAGGUCGGUGAACUGUAUCUCAAGGGACCCAAUGUCUUCAUGGGCUACCACAAUAACCCCGAGGCUACUAAGGGGUGCUUGUCGGAGGAUGGUUGGUUCCAGACUGGUGACGUUGGGUAUCAGGAUGCCAAAGGAAACUUCUACAUCACCGAUCGUGUCAAGGAGCUCAUCAAGUACAAGGGCUUCCAAGUGCCCCCUGCCGAGUUGGAGGGAUAUCUGGUUGACAACGAUGCUAUCGAUGAUGUUGCCGUCAUUGGCAUUGAGAGCGAGGCUCACGGUUCGGAAGUUCCCAUGGCUUGUGUCGUUCGCAGCGCGAAGAGCAAGUCUUCCGGAAGGAGCGAGGAGGAAGAGGCAGCCAACAUCAUCAAAUGGCUGGAUAGUAAGGUCGCCAGCCAUAAGCGUCUGCGGGGUGGUGUACGGUUCGUCGAUGCAAUUCCCAAGAACCCCAGUGGGAAGAUCCUCCGUCGGGUGCUGAAGCAGCAGUUCAAGGGGGUGGCCGAGAAGCCCAAGGCCAGGCUAUAG